AUUAUAUUUUUAUUUUUUAAAUUUACAAUAAUACUUGAAUUAAUAAGAUGAAUUGAAUUGUUCAUGAUGAGAAUCACUUGUUGAGUUAAGCAUAAUACCAAUACGGAGUGAGUAUAUUGAAACAUAAUCACUUGUUGCUUCAUAUAUGCAUUAGGCAGUAGGUUUAUGGAUUGAAAAAUUCAGUUAUUUCGAACCGACCGAACCCGAUCGGUUUUUACUCGGUUCGGUUUGUUCGGUCGGUUAUUAUGAGUACUUUUAAUUUUCGGUUUUGGGCCGAAACCGACCAAACUGAACCGAUGCUCUCCCCUAGCCAAUAGGGUAUUUGAUCAUGUUAGGUUCAGACCCGUAGACCCGUGGAAUUGACCCGUUUCAAACAAGCCGAGUUAGGGUCGAUUACAUCAACAACAACAACCCAAGUGAAUCCCCCAGCAGCAGGGUUAGGGUCGAUUCUAAUUAUAUUUUUUUGACGACCUGCCCCUACCUGCUCUGUAUCUAUAUAAACAACUUGGGGCCGGGUUUGUAAAAAAUAGGCCUGAACCAACCCAUGCCUACCCCUAGGUGCUGUAACAUCGCGCUCUAGAGUUUGCGGCGACAAUAGACAGAGAGGCAAUCUUCAUAUAAAUGAAUCUACUCUUGUAUCUUGAACACAUUUAUCUGUAAUUCAUCCAUCUGUUCAAGCAGUUGUUUUAAUCUCCAGUUAGGUUGCCUCUCAAGCAGUUUAAUCAAGAUGCAUUCUAUCUCAUCCCAAUCUCAUAUGCUUUCUACAAUUAUAAUGUUAAUCAUUUAUGGAAUUAUAUACAUAAAUAGUCCUCGUGGUCUUCCAUAAGUGGGUAAGUAAUCCUCGAACUUUCAAAAGCUGCAAAGUAGUCUCUAUGUCAAAGGACUCUUGCAUAAUUUGUCUUUUCUUUAGGGAAAACGUGAAGCGCGCAAAACAAGUGCAUACUAUGCACUAUGCACUAUGCAGAUUUGAAGCACGUAACAAAAUAAAGAAGCUAAUCUGAAGAAAUUGCCCUCAUCUUUGUGGUUAAAAGCAGGGAAGGAUCUUCUUCCAUCUCUUAUACCGCACGGCAUUACCCUAGAAUAAAAUUACUUGAAGAAUGAAAUGAUGUCGAGCUUAUAUAGAACAUUGUAUUAUUGUUCAAGACGAUCACUAUGGAAGACAUGAAGUUGUGAGAGUUGAACCAAAAGAUAGAAGACAUUGUAUUACGGUUCAAGCUUACACAUCACAAUUCAAACUUUGAACCAACUUUUUUUACAUGCUUCACAUAUUCGCAUAAUACGCGUGUGGUUUGCGUGCUUCACCUUUUUAUUUAAGGAAGAACUAAUUAUGCAACAAUUCUUCUACCACAUGGACUAUUUUGCAACUCUUGAAAGUUCGAGGACUUUUACCCACUUAUAAAAGACCAUGGGGAGUAUUUAUGCAUUUAACUCAUAAUUUAUAGUAUUUCACUGCUGUAAUUUGUCAUACAAGUGCUACAACUGGAUAUAGGUGUGCGACUUCCAGUUGUCUGGAUAACACUUUGCUCUAUCAGUCCAUGAAAAUGAUAUAAUCUUGAAUGUCAAGCUCCAAGUCAGCAAGCAUCGUGGGCCAAAGAUCAUAUGAAUUAUAAGGAUUUCAAAGAUGGCAUCAUCAAGUCGGUCUGUAGCUGCAGGAGACUUGCAGGUGGUUUCUGUGGAAGAGAGGACAGUAGCUUCUCUUCCUCCUCGACCCCCGACGUCUUCCUCUAAUGCUUUAGUAGAAUACACGCCACCCGCACCCAACAUUGAAGAGGAGGACCUCGAGGUUAAGCUCCGUCGUAUUCUUGAUUGUGUCCCUGUCCGUGUGAGCAAUACUUCUGGUAGCUCUGCUGGUUCAGGUUCUGGUGACUUUCAUCAGUAUCGACAGAUGAGACGAAAAGAACAAGAUCGGCUUGCGAGGAUGGAUGCUGAUUACCAGAAAAGAAAGGAAAUAGCCGAAUUCAACAGAAGAAAAGAGGAACGAGUGAGAGCCGCUGAGGAGCGCACUGCAAAGAAACGUUCAAAACGGCAGAAGAAAAAGCAAAGGAAGAAAGAGAAAAAGAGUCAAACUGCUGCGGCCGUGGAAGGAAGAGAGAGAGAAGAAUCGUCGGACGAUGGAGACUCAGAUAACGGGGAAGAUAUCUAAUGAUACAUACAAUCUAUCUUUGAGUUUGAAUGCCUUCUUCAUUUUGGAUGAUUCUUUUUAGUGUGUAAUGUAUGGUUCAUUUCCCAUCCAUUGUUAGGAGGAGGAGGGCUUUCUGUCUUGUUCUUGAUGUAUCAUCCUUGCCAAGGUUGGGUAUUAGUGCUAACCUACUGACUCUCCCUUUAAUAUUUUGAGAUUUUCAAAGGCCAAUUAGGCAUAUGCAAAUUUAAGUUCUUGUUGAAGAUCUUUUUUUUUUUUUUUUGAAAGAUUAGAUUUCAAAACACUUGAAGGAACACCAGAAUAUAAUCAAUUUAUGUUUAGUGG